AUGUCUUGCCCGGCCAGGAUUUACCCCCUCCGCAAGCCAAAGGGCCACAAGCUUCCAAUUCCAAGGUGGAAGCUCGUCCUAGAUAAGGAUGUCAGCCAUGUCUUUACAGCUUACAUUGGGAUCCAGCAACAUUCCGACGUAGAAGCUGCAUCACAGGCCAAGUCCCAAGCUACCGCUGCUAUCCAGGCGUGGCUGAAAACUGACACUGGACCAUCGGCAUUUGAGCAAUUCAGCUUGAUUGAUGGUUGCGACGUUCACGAUGCCGCUGUAUGGGUGUGCUACUGGACCGAAGCGGCAAAGUAUAAGCAAAGUCUCGAGGCCCUGUCGCUUCCCUCGCUCUAUUCAAAACUCGAAACCCCUGGUCGCACUUCUAUCGGUAUAUGGCGCGAGGCGUUUGCUACAGAAGUUUCGAGACUGGAGACCAACUACUCCGGACUCAACUAUCUCCCUGGUCUUGCAAGAAUACCCGGCACGAGCACCACGGAGCAUGAUAACUCUGCAUACUGGGGCGCAGCACGCGAUCGUAUUCCCGACUCCGCACACGACCUCUUCCCUCCCUCCGCAAACGCAGCCCUUGUAAAGGCCGAAGAUGUGCCUCGCGGUCUUGGACAGUACCUUGUUGGAACCAAUUCCGAGAACGUGGCUCACAUAAGGUCAGGCCAAUACUGGGAGAAUUGUGCCCAAGACGAAGCCGACGCCUACGAGAAGAAGCUCGAGCCAACCCUCCAUGCCGGCCUUUCCUACUUAUGGGAAAAUCAACAGGAAACGGGCGCCCAAGGGUUACGAUACCUCCGGAACAAAGGAACUCUCGAAGGUUCAGACGACAACAGUCGCCCGCCUAAGGAAACCUGCGGUGCGGGCUUUUUUACCAGUCUUGCAGCACUUGAAACGUGGGCCAAAUCACAUCGCUCUCAUCUGGCAAUUUACCGCGGCGCGCUUUCUCAUUUUAAGGCAUUUGAAGGUAGGAGGGAGUUAAGGACAUGGCAUGAAGUCUCCGUGUUGAGGAGCGGCGAUACCAAGUUUGAGUAUCUCAAUUGUGUCUCGAAUACGGGAGUUAUUCAAAGUAUCCAGCUGGAAGUGAAGGAUGAUGGUGUGGACAAUUUAUAG